AUGACGACGGCACCACCUUCUAAGAAGCUGAAGCUGAGUAACCCUGACGAACCACUGACUCAAAAUGAUGUUAUAUCGUUUCAAAAAGAAGCUAUGUAUAGGUGUAUGAAUGAAAAGAGAGUCAGUCUAAAUGCUGUGAAUGAACAAUAUGAGGUGUCUAAGAAAAAUUAUAUUGACGUCUCAACAAAGUUGUCUAACUUGAUGGCUUUGAUCAUUACAUUGGCUAAUUUUUUACAAGUCAUUAGUAAAGAGAAUAAUAAUACUGAAGAAGAAAAUAUAUGCAGUAGAAUGGCCACCUCUGAUGAAAAUGAGGUUAUACAGCUCAGUGAUUCCUUUAUGAAGAUAUUAACGAAAUAUCUAACUGAAUCAGGUACUGCGACUGUUGAUGAAAAUGAACGUCUCUCGAGAUUAGCAUUAGAACUAAAAGAAUUACAAAAGGUAAAGAAGGAGCUAUAUUAUAAGAAUAAAGAGUUGGUAGAUGAAAUUUCUUCUCUAAAAGUAUAUUAUGAGAGGUUGAUUAAAAAAUUUGAUCGUGAGGACUCUCAGACAUUAAAGAGAGUUUUCAAAAAAGAAUUAGAAGGAGAAGAUCAGAAAGAAACCCAGGAUAAGGAAACUACAAACAACACAGAUGUAAAAAGUGUUAAAACAGAAACUAAAACUUUAGCAACAGAAGGUACCAAGAUAAAUGAAAAUGAUGAAAAUGAAAUCAUAUCAGAGAAUAGUGAUGUGAACGAGAAAAAAAUAAUGACAGAAUAUGAAAUAAAAGUUUCAGAUUUACAAAAUGAAAUUAAAGAAUUAAAGAUUAUUAUUGAAGAAAUAGAAAAGUUUAAAAAUUCUAAUUCUGAAAAGAUACUUGCUUUAGAAAAGCAACUAUCUGCAGCAAACACUAUUUCGACUGGGUUGACAAGGAAUGAUAAUAUUGAUGUCAAUGCUAUGAAAUCCAAGAUUGACAUUUUAAUUAGAGAAAAUAAUCAAUUGAAACAGAUUAAUGAUUCAUUCUUAGGCAAAUUCCAAAAGCUAUCUAGUGAAAAAGAGAUUUUUAAUAACAAGAUAACCAAUGAAUUUAGUGCAAAUUCAGAAGUACUGAAGACUCAAAAUUUAGCACUUGAAAAAGAUCUUGUUAGAAUUAGAACAGCUCGUGACGACCUACUUUCCAGAUUAUCAAUAUUAGAAGCGGAGACUAAAACACCUAUUAUUCUUGAUGAUCUGAAAAAAUCAUUAGAAUUAUCUAAUGAACAAUGGAAGAAAUAUGAAAAUAGAUCUGAUUCCACUUCCGAAAAUAUAUUACUUAAGGAACUUCAAGAUAUGGAACUUGCAUUUAAAGAAUUGACUCAAAUUAAUAAUAAGAAAUACGCAGAUUUAAUUAAUGAAGAAUCAAUGAUAGCUAAACUGAAGGUUGAAAAGACGAAAGCAGAUCAAAAAUAUUUUGCAGCAAUGAGAUCAAAGGAUCCUAUUUUAAUAGAAAAUAAAAAUAUGAGUAAGGCUAUCACUAAAACAAAUGAAUUAAUCUUACAACUGAAAGAUGCUGAGAAAUUAUUGCAACAAAAGAUCGAAAAUUUGUACAAACAAUUGCAAUUAUCGCAGAAUAAUGAAAAGAGACUAAUAGACUCUGCAAAACUGGAAUCCUUGAAAAUUAUAGACCUAAAUUCUCAAAUUAAUAAAUCUGAAAAGAAAAUAUCUGUUUUGAAAGGGGAAAAUUUAGAUUUUGUCACUGGAAUUAAUAAACUAAAGAAUCAUAACAAUGAAUUAGAAACAGAAAAUAAAGUAUUGAAACAGAGAAAUAUUAACAUUGAUGAGAAAUGCAAAACGUUACAUCAAAAGUUAGUUUCAUUUACAGGUAAAGUAAAUGACAAGAAAAGACACUAUGACGACGAAGAUGAAGAUACUUUGUCUCAAGAGUUGGAGAACUUCCGUACUUUAGUUUACUGUUCUUUGUGUUCUAAGAAUUGGAAAAAUAUGGCCAUUAAGACUUGUGGUCACGUAUUCUGUGAGGAUUGCUGUAAUGAAAGAUUGGCAGCUAGAAUGAGAAAAUGUCCUACUUGUAAUUACCCAUUUAGUUCAAAUGAUCUACUCCCAAUCCAUCUGUAG